UAAACUCCGACCUCCUUGGCACAACGAUGAGGUGUACAUUUUCUAGAUUAGUCCUCCCUAUCCUUGAUAAUUACGCACGCUCACUUCUCACCAUUAACCAUGGCGUCGCCUUCUCUCUCCUCCCUCUUCUCCGCGGCGGCUCCCCUGGCCGGCGGCGGCGGCGGCGCCGGAGUACGCACGCUCGGAUCGCCCGCGUCCGUCCGGCCGAUCUCACACCGGCAGCGGAGGCGGCGGCUGGUAAUAGCGUCCGUGAAGUGGAGGUACAAGGGGACGGCGAGGAAGGAGGCGGCGCUGUCGGAGCUGAUCGAGCGGAAGGUGGCGGAGGCAACGGAGGCGUGCGCCGGGGAAGCCGCCGGGGAUGCGGGGUGCCGGGUGGCGUGGGACGAGGUGGAGGAGGUGAGCCAGGCGAAGGCCGACCUCCGCCGCCGCAUCGCCCAGGGCGCCGACGACCCCCUCGAGCCCUUCUGCUCCCACAAUCCCCUCGCCGACGACUGUGCCGUCGUCUACGACGACGACGACGAAUGAUCCGCUCCCAUCCGUACGUGAUCCGGCCAUCCCAUCCAUGAUCCAUCCGCCACCAUCAGUUCUGAUUUCUCAACUGCAGACGACUCGAAUUUGAAUUUGAAUUUGAUUUAUCGGAGACGCGUUUGUACUUGAUAGUAGUAGGAGUGUACUGUACUAGCUUGUCAGAAAUGAGAAAAUUUAGAGAUUUUGAUUAAUUCCAUGUCAUUUCAGGUUUGCGCUACA